GUUUUGUGUUUAUCUUAUGUCUGAUGAAUAAAAAUUGGUUAUUCUUAUUGUGCAAAUUACUGUUAUUUUAAAUGGCAAUACUUCAUUUCUGAUUUGUGGUAUCGUUUAACUCACUGGCAAGAGAUAAGAUUAUUGUUGAACAAAAUAAUAAGCUCCAAAGUGCAGGAUUCAGUUGCUUCAGAGGUCAGCUACGAUCAGUAAAGAACAGAGGUAACGAUGGUAUCUGCUAACGCGAAUCAACUGCGCUAUGAGGGCCGUGUGGUGGUUGUAACGGGAGCUGGAGCAGGGUUGGGUCGUGAAUAUGCUCUGCUGUUUGGUGCUCGCGGCGCCAAGGUCGUGGUAAAUGAUUUGGGUGGCAAUUUUCAUGGUCAAGGUAAAUCAAAUGCUGCCGACAAAGUCGUUGACGAAAUUCGAGCUACCGGCGGAACUGCCGUUGCCGACUACAAUUCCGUGGUGGAUGGCGAUAAGAUUAUUCAAACGGCAAUGGAAGCAUUCGGCCGGGUUGACAUUCUGAUUAAUAAUGCUGGAAUAUUGCGCGACAAAAGCCUGGCACGUAUAUCCGAUGAGGAUUGGAACUUAAUUCAGGAUGUACACCUGAAGGGUAGUUUUCUUACGACCCGUGCUGUGUGGCCAAUUAUGAAGAAGCAGAACUACGGUCGGAUAAUUAUGACCUCUAGUAAUUCGGGAGUGUACGGCAACUUCGGGCAAGCUAAUUAUAGUGCUGCCAAACUGGGAUUAGUUGGACUGGCAAAUACUGUCGCAAUAGAAGGUGCAAAGAAUAAUAUUCAUUGUAACGUGAUAGUUCCGACUGCUGCCUCCAGAAUGACUGAAGGUAUUUUGCCGGAAAUUUUGUUUAACGAAUUAAAACCUAAACUGAUCGCUCCGGUUGUUGCCUACUUGUGUCAUGAAUCUUGCGAAGAUACUGGCGCUAUCAUCGAAAGUGCCGCAGGCUGGGCUACAAAGGUGCAUUUUGUUCGUGGAAAAGGUUCCGUAUUACGCACAUCGAUUGACGAGGAUGUUACACCGGAAUACGUUAAAGCGGUUUGGCAUAAAGUAACAGAUAUGUCCAGUGCAAAGCACUUGAAUGCUAUUGGUGAGGCUAGUCUCUCCUUGGUAGACGUUUUGGAAAACCUUAAAGAAGGAAAAUAUUCCGAGAAUUCUGUUACUGAAACGUACAAAUUCAACUUUAAAGACGUCAUUCUGUAUGCCCUCGGUGUUGGAGCAACCGUUUCCAAUGAAAGUGACUUGCGUUUUCUGUAUGAGAAUCAUCCAGAUUUUAGCACAAUUCCAACAUUCUUCAUACUACCUGGAUUGCUGUCAGUAAUGGGAUCAAAUUUAACUGCAAACGCUAUUCCUCAUGCGAGUUUUGAUUUAACUAAUAUAUUGCAUGGCGAGCAGUACAUCGAACUGUUUGAUUCGGUGCCGACGGACGGCACUUUGACCACCACGACAAGCGUGAUUGACGUUUUAGACAAAAAAUCCGGUGCUCUUGUGAUUACACAAUCCGAUUCGUACGACGAAAAUGGCACACUAAUCGCUCGGAGUCAGAGUAGUACAUUCGUUGUCGGUGCUGGAAAUUUUAAUGGGAAAACAAAAGCUAGCCCGGAAGUUAAAGCACUGGUUGCAAAUCCCAAACGUUCCCCAGAUGCUUCAGUUCAGAUCAAAACUACCCGAGAUCAAGCUGCCUUAUACCGUCUUUCCGGUGAUUUGAAUCCACUCCAUAUCGAUCCGGGAUUUUCGGCUAUUGCCGGUUACAAAACACCGAUUCUACACGGUUUAUGUUCAAUGGGAAUUUCGGUGAAGGCUGUUUUGAAACAGUACGGUGCGGACGAUUCAAGUCUUUUCAAAGCGGCCAAAGUGCGUUUCUCUAAACCCGUUCUACCGGGUCAAACCUUACGUGUGGAUAUGUGGAAGGAGUCGAACAAUCGUGUCUGCUUCCGCACGGUUGUAGUCGAGACCAACACCGAGGUUCUUUCUGGUGCAUACGUUGAUUUCAAGAAGAUUAUCGUAAAACUAAAUAUGACAGCCGGACAAAGUCUUCAAAGCGAUGCACUGUUCACCGCGAUUAAGGAACGCAUCGCAGAAAAUGAAGCCAAGGCUAAGUCUAUCAAUGCUGUUUUCCUUUACAAAAUCACCGACGCCGGAAAAGUGGUCAAAGAGUGGGUACUCGACUUAAAAUCAGCCAAGGUAUACGAAGGUCCAGUCCAAGGCAAGGCCGACACUACAAUGACUAUUUCCGAUAGUGACUUUGUUGAUCUGGCGAUGGGUAAACUGCAGCCACAGGCAGCAUUUAUGAAGGGUAAGCUGAAGAUCACCGGCAACAUUAUGCUGGCACAAAAGUUGGCACCUCUAUUGAAGACGGAGGCUAAGCUUUAAGAAGGCAUUAUAUCAGUGAUAUAUCGCUACAAGCAAACAUUCUGUACGUUAAGUUGGUGAAGUGAGUUAUAUGUUCAAAACUUUUAUGUUAGAUUUUUUGUAAAAGCAUGCUAUUGAAUAUUGAAAAGAUGAUUAUUACUUCCAGCAUGGAAGCCUGGGGCAAUAUAUGGUACCG